CUGAAGCCAUCAACAUCUCCGCAUUCGGACAGCCGGCUGUGCUGCUUGUGAUACAUCAACAGACGGAACGUUUGUCUGACCAACAACAAAUAGUGGCUACUCUGUACAUAUAGUUUGGCAGCAAAAUGGCAUGACCAUCAGAUACAGCAUGAUUCAUAACAUCUCACUCGGGCGCCUGCAUGAGUCGACCCACGUCGAACCAGCCAACUACCCGUCUCACCCUUCACCACCGACCCUCCAUAGCCCUGUCAUAUGCGGGUCUUGCGAAAUAAAGCCCUCACGAUCCACCCCAAAUUCGGACCACAAUCAAGUAUCCACUAACAUUGGCAGCAAGUCGUGCCGUCACGCUCCCGCGCUCCGAAUUUCCGUUGACGGGGGUCCCCGCCCUCCAACCAGAACAACUUAUUUAACCCGCGACAUGCAGCCCAUGACAUGACAAUCACACAUCCCGGAAAGAAAGAACAACUACCUAGCUCACCCUCAUCAAAAAAACAGAAUGAAAGUCCUCAUUUGCGGCGGCGGCUGCGCCGGCCCCGCCCUCGCCUUCUGGCUCUCCCGAACCAACCACCAAAUCGUGGUAGUAGAACGCUUCCCCCAGCUGCGCGACAAAGGAGCGCAGAUCGAUCUCCGCGAGCAAGGUAUCGAAGUAGUCCGACGGAUGGGUCUGCUCGACACUAUCCGCCAGCACUGCGUUCACGAAGACGGCUUCACCCUCGUCGACAGCAACGACAAGGUCACAGCUACAAUUCGACCAAACACAUCUGGACAUGGAGCGCAAUCUUUAUCAUCCGAGUUUGAGAUCAUGCGUGGCGAUCUCGUGCGUAUAUUAUACGACGCUACCAAGAAUAACGUGGAGUACCGAUUCAACACGAUCGUGGAGCGCUUCGAGCAAGAUGACGUGAAAGUAACGGCCUACUUCUCGGAUGGGACGUCCGAGACGUUCGAUCUUCUGGUCGGUGCAGACGGACAGGGCUCGCGAAUCAGACGGGGGAUUCUACCACCAGAUGCACCUGAUCCGUAUCUCCAUCUCGGUAUCCACGCAGGGUACUGGUUCGUUCCGCGAGAGAAAGGCGAUACCAAUACCUUGACGGCGUAUGUAUCUCCCGGUGGACGGGCGAUAUUCCGCCGGAGUCACAGUCCCACGACAUCGCAGGUGUAUUUCAUGCUGAAAGACGACGACCCGUCGCUUGCGUCUAUUCACCGUGCGUCAGUGGACGCGCAGAAGGAGUUCUGGAUACAGCGCUACCGCGGGGCGGGGUGGCAGACGGAGCGGUUUAUCGAGGGGAUGAGGACGACGGAUAAUUUCUACUCGCAGGAGAUUGUGCAAGUGAAGACAGACAGGUGGUAUAAGGGACGGGUGGUGUUGUUGGGGGAUGCGGCUGCGUGUCCGGCUGUGGUGACGGGAAUGGGGACGACGGGGUGUCUCGUCGGGGCGUAUGUGUUGGCUGGGGAAAUUAACAGACAUGCUGGGGAUGUGGGAGCGGCGUUGAAGAGCUAUGAUGCUACGUUGAGGCCGUUUGUGAAGGAGAUUCAGAAGUUGAAUACGUCGAUGGUGAGGUUGUUUUUCCCGACUUCGUGGUGGGGGAUCUGGUUGCUGCAUUGGUUUGCGGCUGUGAUGUGUUUCUUGAGGAUUCCGGAGUUGUUGGAUAGGAUGGGGAAUGAGGAGGUGGGUGGGUGGAAGUUGCCUGAGUAUGAGGAGUUGAGUGCCGAAAACUAA